GAAAGGGAGGGAGGCGGCGUCAUGUGAUCCGCUUCCCUGCUCCUUUAAGCGUCCACAGGCGGCGGAGCGGCCACAAUCACAGCUCCGGGCAUUGGGGGAGCCCGAUCCGGCUGCGCUGGGGGAAUCCGUGCGGGCGCCUUCGGUCCGGGUCCCAUCAUCUCUGCGCUCCCGCACCCCUGAAGUUUUGCAGCGCCCAGAAAGGAGGCGAGGGAGGAGGGAGUGUGAGAGGGAAAGGAGCAAAAAAAGCACACCCUAAAACAUUUAUUUCAAGGAGAAAAGAAAAAGGGGGGGACGCAAAAAUGGCUGGGGCAAUUAUAGAAAACAUGAGCACCAAGAAGCUGUGCAUUGUUGGUGGGAUUCUGCUUGUGUUCCAAAUCAUCGCCUUUCUGGUGGGAGGCUUGAUUGCUCCAGGGCCCACCACAGCGGUGUCUUACAUGUCAGUGAAAUGUGUGGACGUCCGUAAGAACCAUCACAAGACAAAAUGGCUAAUGCCUUGGGGACCCAAUCAGUGUGAUAAGAUCCGAGACAUCGAAGAAGCAAUUCCAAGGGAAAUUGAAGCCAAUGAUAUUGUGUUUUCUGUCCACAUUCCCCUCCCCUCCAUGGAGAUGAGUCCUUGGUUCCAAUUCAUGCUGUUUAUCCUACAACUGGACAUCGCCUUCAAGCUGAACAACCAGAUCAGAGAAAAUGCAGAAGUUUCCAUGGAUGUGUCCCUGGCAUACCGCGAUGACAUGUUUGCUGAAUGGACUGAAAUGGCCCAUGAGAGAGUGCCGCGGAAACUCAAAUGUACCUUCACCUCCCCCAAGACCCCAGAGCAUGAGGGCCGGUACUAUGAGUGUGACGUCUUGCCAUUCAUGGAAAUCGGGUCUGUGGCUCACAAGUAUUACCUCCUAAACAUCCGGCUACCUGUGAAUGAGAAGAAGAAAAUCAACGUCGGGAUUGGAGAGAUAAAGGAUAUUCGGUUGGUGGGAAUCCACCAAAAUGGAGGCUUCACCAAGGUGUGGUUCGCCAUGAAGACCUUCCUGACGCCCAGCAUCUUCAUCAUCAUGGUGUGGUAUUGGAGGAGGAUCACCAUGAUGUCCAGACCCCCAGUGCUUCUGGAAAAAGUCAUCUUUGCCCUGGGGAUUUCCAUGACCUUCAUCAAUAUCCCAGUGGAGUGGUUUUCCAUUGGGUUUGACUGGACCUGGAUGCUCUUGUUUGGUGACAUCCGACAGGGCAUCUUCUACGCCAUGCUUCUCUCCUUCUGGAUCAUCUUCUGUGGCGAGCACAUGAUGGAUCAGCAUGAGCGGAAUCACAUUGCAGGGUAUUGGAAGCAAGUUGGACCAAUCGCCGUUGGCUCUUUCUGCCUCUUCAUAUUUGACAUGUGUGAGAGAGGAGUACAACUCACGAAUCCCUUCUACAGUAUCUGGACUACAGAUGUUGGAACAGAGCUGGCUAUGGCCUUCAUCAUUGUGGCUGGGAUCUGCCUCUGCCUCUACUUCCUGUUUCUGUGCUUCAUGGUAUUUCAGGUGUUCCGGAACAUCAGUGGGAAGCAGUCCAGUCUGCCAGCCAUGAGCAAGGUCCGGCGGCUACACUAUGAGGGGCUAAUUUUUAGGUUCAAGUUCCUCAUGCUCAUCACUUUGGCCUGUGCUGCCAUGACUGUUAUCUUCUUCAUUGUUAGUCAGGUGACUGAAGGCCAUUGGAAAUGGGGCGGUGUCACAGUCCAAGUGAGCAGUGCCUUUUUCACAGGCAUCUAUGGAAUGUGGAACCUCUAUGUCUUUGCUUUGAUGUUCCUGUAUGCACCGUCCCAUAAGAACUAUGGGGAAGACCAAUCCAAUGGUGAUCUGGGCGUUCACAGUGGGGAGGAACUCCAGCUCACCACCACCAUCACCCACGUGGACGGGCCCACCGAGAUCUACAAGCUCACCCGCAAGGAGGCUCAGGAGUAGAGAAUACAGCACCCAACUGGGACCAUCUGUCUACACGCAGGCCCUCUCAUUAGAGCKCGGAGCCUGCCAGACAAGCUCAGUGUACGAACGCUGCCUCAUGCCUCUUGGCUGCAGUUUCUUAGACCAGCAACUUGGACAUUUCUUGGAUGGCCUUCUGGCGGUAGCUUUUGGAGGAGAAUUCCUGCAGCCACUAAUGCAUUGUGUAUGAUAACAAAAACUUUGCUAUGACACAUUUUCUGUGAUCAUUGUUAAUUAGUGACAUAGUAACAUCUGUAGCAGGUGGUUAGUAAACCUCAUGUGUUGGGGGGGUGUGCUCCUUUGGGGAUGGUUUGGGCUGGAUGGGGUCUAUAUCGAGUGGAAUAUGACUCUUUUUUUCCUGCUUUAGAUUCUGGGAUAGAAUUUAACAUUCUUUGCAGUUUAAGGUAUGCUGCUGCCACAGCCUCACUCCUCAUCCAUGACCACUUUUUUUCCCCYCUAUUUAUAUCACCAAGUAGCCUAGUCUACUGAGUUAAUAUUUAAGUUGUCAAUAGAUACGUGUCCCUAUUUUUUAUGGCUUAAUAUAAAAUCAUUGAAUUUCAUGAGAAGGUCUAUUCCACCAGAGGCAUUUCAGCUUUGAAACCAAAUCUGUGUUAUCCAAUACUAACCAGUUCAUUGGAUGUGGGUUUUAAAAAAAAAUGUUUGCUAAACUACCCAAGUAGGAUUUAUGGUAUUAAAUGGCCUUUGGGUCUGAAAAGCUUUUUUAACCUCUUGCUUAAAAAUGUGUUUUCUUUUGAUAAGAUGCUUCAAACGGCCUCCAAAAGUGUAGAUCCAAUCAUUUAAAUAAACCAAUCUGUAUAUGUAUAUAUGUAUGUGCACACCCUCUGCCUACUCAGACCCAU